UCGCAAGAUCAAGGAGAAAAGGAGAACCCCAUGAGGGAACUUCGAAUUCGCAAGCUCUGCCUCAAUAUCCGUGUUAGGGAGAGCGGAGAUAGACUGACCAGGGCAGCCAAGGAGCAGCUCACAGGCCAGACACCUGUGUUUUCCAAAGCCAGAUACACGGUCAGGUCCUUUGGCAUCAGGAGAAAUGAAAAGAUUGCCGUCCACUGCACUGUCCAUGGAGCCAAGGCGGAAGAAAUUCUGGAGAAAGGCCUGAAGGUGCAGGAGUGUGAAUUACAGAAAAAUAACUUCUCAGACACUGGAAACUUUGGCUUUGGGAUUCAAGAACACAUUGAUCUGGACAUC